GAAAAGGUCUAAAGGAUAGUAGGUUUCGUAAGGCAGCUCUUACAUCUCUUGAACUCAGGCAAAAUCUUGGGUAUACUCAGUUAGAAGAUGAAGAACUAAUUGCACAAAUGCAACAGUUUGAAGCUCGAUUGCCACUAUUUGAUCUUCCUUAUGUUUUAGGCACAGAUACUUCAAAACUUUGGUAG